AUGUUAAAAAAAACAGCGUCGACAUCUUCGGCAACAAAUAGUAUUUAUCGAUUGAAUUCUAUUGAAAAUUAUUCAGCGCCACUAUUUAAAUCAACACAAUCGAUAUGCGUACAAACAGAUACUAUUCAAAACACUUCACAAUGUACAAAUACACCAAACUAUUUAGAUGAUAUGUUAAUACAAGGAAAAAACAUGAAUGAUGACGAAUUUGAAAAGUUUAUUAAAGGCCGAGCAUCUGAUUGUUAUUGGAAAAUUUUGGCUGAACGUGCUCGAAUAAAACUUGACGAUGAAUUGAGAGAAAAUCAACAACUGCAUGAAUUACUCGACGAAUUAACUAAAGAAAAUGAAAAACUACAAGCGAAAAAUGAACAUUGUGAAUAUUUAACAAAUGUUUUUAAUUCUAUGACGUCAGAAUAUGAUAGUGGCAUUGAACUUCACAUUACCGAUGAAUCUCCAAUGUCAAAACGACAAAAAACACAUAUUUAA